AUGACUAUAAGAGAAGAAAAUAGGCCUCCGACAGGAGGUCAAUGGUGCGGAAGUGCUUGGGGAUAUACCGUAUAUUAUAGCGAAUCACGAUACAAUUUCGAUUUUAAAUUAGCGUAUAAAUUUUUAAAAAAAAGCGAAGCGCAUUUAAGAUACGGUAACAGCACCGUACAACCAUGGAGAGGUGAUUUAGUACCGGGUACAUAUUGCGACAGAGUACUCGAUAAAUGCGACACGCGUCAGUGCCGCGUACAAUCACCUAAUUUUCCAGGAGUUUAUCCACGUAACGUGACUUGUUACUACAGAAUCGAACAACGUGGAAUACCACGCAACAAACAUGCAUUACUAUCCGUCAGACAGAAAAACACUCAUAAAAUACACAUAAAAGAUCAAAUUGUUAAAUACGAUAGGAGUCAACGAGUACUAAAAGUUUGGGACCAGUGUAACGUGAUUCAAGACUAUUUAACAGUAUAUAACGGUGCAUCCACGGUAGAUCCUAUAUUGAUACGUUUAUGCGGUGGUGACGUGGUACCAGACAUAAUAACAAGUGGUCCUAACAUGCUUUUGGAAUUUCACACAUCGGCCUACGAUAAUCCAUUUCAUCCGGUACCAUUAAGUUAUUUACCCGGUUUCGAAUUGGAAGUACAAGUGAUUUACGUCAACGUUAGAUCGAACAGUUACGUCCAAGAUUCAUCACAAUGUGAAUUUUUAAUAACGAGUUUCGAAUCCCAAUGGGGAGUUUUGGAAAAUCCAAAACAUUCCCUACCACCAAACACGACCUGCCGUUAUAAUUUUCAAGGAAGAAGACAAGAAACCGUUUGGAUUUCAUUCGUUAAAUAUUACGCAUCGAAUGCAGAACUCAUAUCCUACGAUUUGUCGACGGAAUGUAACACAAGGCUAAGAGUUUGGAACGGAAGGGUAGAUACCAACACGGAAACGAACAACAUAACAUUAUUGGGAGAAUUUUGCAGGGACGAAGUACCGAGGCUAUGCGAUCACGCACUAUUAAGCAAUGCCACACGUUUCACACGACCCUGUGCAAGAGCAGAAAGUUACGUGUCAUCAGGUUCCGAGCUGACAAUCGAACAACACCUACGUCAGGGAAGUGCAUUGUUUCCGUUUAGUUUUAUAUUAAGGUACGAAUUUGUCGACGUGACACAAGAAGGUUCGGAUAAUAAAAAUUCUGAAAAUUUAUGCGAUCGCGUUUUCAAUUCGUCAUAUUCUCCUCUCGUCGGAAGAUUUCAUUCCCCGAAAAGUAUUUUCUUUUACGGUAGAGGAGGAACACAAAACAUAAGUUGCGUUUUACGUUUCGAAUCGAAUCAAAAUGAAAAAAUAAAACUCACGUUGAUACAAGCCAAAUUCGGUGAGAGAGAGUGUUCGUCGAAAAUAGACGAAAGAACGAAUCGAUAUCAGUGUUUGAAAAAAAAACCGGGAACAAAAAACAAUCGUAACAGGUUACAACAACAAUACGGUGUCGCGGAAUUAAGAAUUUCCGAAUAUCCCUGGCCGGAAAUACAAAUCCCGCGGGAUUGUUUUUGUUCGAACAUUGAUGAAUCAUUGACUAUAGAAAGUCUAACGUCAUCCGUAGUCGAAGUUAAUUUUACGAUAACUUUAAUGAACAUAACUCAGGAUUAUAAUGAUUUUUAUUUCGAGGGUGAAUAUGAAUUUUAUCAAGAACUCGAUAGAAACGAUGAAAACGAUAAAGUAUAUUCGACGGAUGAUAACGGGUACUUUGAAAAAGAAGUACCCGAUUCGUAUUGCGUUAAUUACCCGUGGCUAAUAGAACCCGAAGAUAAAACAAACAAUUUUAUUUAUUUAAAAACGUACGGUUUUGAAUUACCCACGGAAACAAACAAACCUCCCUACAAUUGUCACACGACAAACAGGAUAAUCAUAUAUUCUGGUGUUAAUACUAAAAAUCCAAAAGUUAUUUGUCCAGCCGAUAGAUUAAACAUACACGAAAUGAAUAAAAUCGAAGUUUUUUCCGACGGUUGGAACACGUCGUUGUCGAAAAAUGGCGGCGGUGGUGUUGGCAAUGGCGGAGAUCCUUCUGCUUUUUUACUAACUCCUCAUGCUAGAAGUUUCAUUAUUGAAUUUUUACAAAAAGAAUUUGGUAAUCAUAUCAUAUCAUGGAUGGAAGUAUCGAAACGUCCGGUUGCAUCUUCGAACAUAUACGCGAACGCAUUGAACAUGCACGAUUGUUCUCACAUGUGUCCGGAAAUAAAUGCAUGCAUAAGUUCAUCACUUUGGUGCGAUGGUUUCCGUCACUGUCCAUCCGGUUACGAUGAAGAUGAAAAUAAUUGCGCGUUUCAAUUCGAUGUGCCUGGAUUGUAUAUAUUCAUCGUCGCGGGUGCCAUAUCGAUUUUAUUCGUAUUGAUAUUGAUAACGAUAUGCGUUAAAUAUUUACAACACAAGAGAAAUGCGAGAAAGAAAAAAAAUCAAAUAAAUAAUCAUUUGCACGUUAAUCACAUACACAACAGCAGCGACAGCUACGGUUUGGGUUUAAGCGGAACAUUCGGGGGUUCAAGCGCUGUCGGUUUACCCCUGCCAAAAAGAUUUUCCAAAAAUACGCAUCACGAAGAUCUUUUCAUGAUGGGUCCCGGUGGAUUGAGCAUCGAUAGAAAGGAUAGUUUAUGUUGA